AAGAAAAUAUUUGUAUACAAAGUUGAAGUGGUUGAACAAAAACUUUUCCCCCAAAAAUGCAAACAACCCCCUUAACCUUCCACACCAAACAAAGCCACCCCAAUAAUUUCUCAAAUUCAAGUAGUCUUAUUUACAAACACCAUAGCUAACAAAACCAUCUAAUAAUGGAUCCUUCUCCUCCUCAAGAUGAUUUUAGCUUCCCAACAAUCACCAAUACACCGCCGCGAUUCCUUGAAUCACCACCUUUAUGGAGAACAACGUUAGUUGCCUCUAGUCACCUCCAGAAUAACUCUGAUCAUGAUCAUGAAGAAAAAUUGGACAUGUCUCCAUUAAUAUCCAAUAAGUCUAAUUACAUCAACCAAAGAAAGAGCUUCUCACACAUAGAAGGUGUUCUUGCCAUGAGGAGAAUGAUUGAAGAUGAAGAUGAAGAAGAAGAAGAGGAGAAAAUGGACAUGUUAUGGGAGAAUUUGAAUGAAGAAAUGUCUAACAAAAUUAUGACAAAGACUUCAUGUGGGAAAAAUACAAAGAAGGUGGAAUAUAAAUGUGUUAAAUCUUUGAAUCUUUCCAAAGCAAGCAAAAGGCCAAGCUUGGUGGUUCUCAUCAAAGUCUUGAAAAAGGUGUUCUUGUAAUUUCAUACUUAAUUAGCUUCUUCAACUUCAUUCAAGAAAACUAAACUUUGAUCAAUAUUUUGCAUCUCUUCCUUUAAUUAAUUUAAUUUGUUGCACAUAAUCUCUUUUUGAGUUUUCUUUGUAUUUCUUAUGCCCCAUCACUACCCUCUAGUUGUAAGAUAUUUUGUAAUAUAUAGAUGUUUUAAAUUGAA